GUGAUAGCAAAAUUAAUUAUAUUUACAAAGAAAUGCAACAGGAUUUAUAUGCAAUAUUUAAUCAUAUAACCUUAAUAUGGAUGAAAGAAUCCUGAAAUCAAUAUUACACAGUUGUGAAAGUGCUACAAAAGAUCUUGAAAAUUCGAAGGAAUAUAAAAUAUUAUUAGAAAAGGAUAAGUUCCUUCCAUCUAUUGACAUAAUCGAUGCCCUAUGUUCAUCUUUAACAAAACUAUUGUCGUAUAAGGUUUCAAAAGAAGCAUAUCAACGUUAUAAUGUACGACUUCGUGUAAUUGAUGUUUUACGAGAAUGGUGUAGAAUUAAUGAUGAUUUACAAGAUUUUAAAAUACUUAGGGAUGAAAAACAUGCCUCAACAUUAUUAAAAAAUUUGUUAAAGAAAUAUUUGACGGAUGAUAUCUUAAAUAGUUGUGAAUCAAAUGAAAAUUUGUUACCUUUAACCAAUGCUUUAAUAUGUUUAACAUCUAUAAGUUCGUGCUAUAAAUAUUAUGUAGAAAAAUUAUUAGUAAAACUUACAGAAUUGGAAAACUGUGAUGAAAAUGAACACUUAUUAUGUUAUGCUGUACAGAAAAGUUCCAAUUUAAAUCUUGCAAUUUCAACUAUAGAAGUUAUAUAUAAAUCACAGAAAUAUAAAUUAAUAGAACAACCAUUAUUACACGAUUUUAUGUCAUCAUGUAUUAAAUUAAAUAAAGAUGACAAUGUAGACGUUUCAGAAAAUGUAAAAUUAAUAAAUCAAUUAUUCGAUUUUAUCAUUAAAUCUCCAUAUAUCUUUUUGUUAGUAUGUGGUUUUUUAAAAGAAUUAUUAGUGCAAUUAGAUUAUGCUCCUUCGGUCAUGAAUUUUAUACAAUCAACUUUAAAACGCAUUAAGGAAUAUUGUAAAAAUCAAGAUAAAGAUAUUUUAGAUCUUUAUCCAAGGAAUUUACAAUCUCUUAUAAUCUUAUUGCGAAUAGAAUCUAUACAUCAUACGGAUGAAUCUAAAAAUGCAACUUUAAAAAUGCUAGAAAAUAUUUAUAUUGAAAAUGAAGAUAUUGUAAUAACGUUAUUAUCACAUUAUCCUCAAUGGCUAAAAUUAUUUGGACAAUUCUUAAAUUCAGAUAUUAAAUAAUAUAUAUAUGUUCUUUAAAAUUAAAAAUGCUAAUGCUCAAAAUAUUAACAAUACAAUAUAUUCUACUGUCUUGAAGUUUUGAAUAUAGAAUUUAUAAUAAAUGAUAAGAAAAUGUAUUUAUAUUUUAUGAUACAAAUAAAAAAAAUUUAAGAUUUGAAAAUUAUAGUAUCAAAAGAAAGUACCUUUAUUAAAUUUCUGUUUCUGCAUAAUAUAAAUUUAAUAGUUUUGAACAAAAUGUAAUAAUUAACUUAAGUAGUUAUUCGCAUACAAUAGAUAGUUUUUAUUUUGCAUUUUUCUUUGUUAAUUGCAAUAUGCGAAUCUCAGGUCGUACCCAACCAUUAAAAACCAGACGUUUUUAUUACAAAACUUAUCGUUACUGUCUCAAAAACAAGCAAAAUAUUUAACGAUACCGAUCCAUCUUUUAACAAUGAGAAAAAAAGAACAGAAACUCGGAUCAAGUUAUUCAAUACUUCUUUUCUCUGCUUAACAACACUUACAUAGGGUUCCUUUGUUUUCAAGUUAU